AUUUUCGGCGACGACGUCGUGUGCACCACCCGGUUAUCUCGUCGGCCGCCACUCGCCAGUUCGUCUACAAGUCCGCUAGUCAGCACUCGGCAGUCGUUGCCAUAGCUUAUAUAACUCGCGCUGAUCGCAGCUUGCAGGCCACAGCCCAAAUGCAAUGAAGUGUCUCCUCUUACUGGCCACUGCUCAGUGCUUACUAUAUACUAUAUAGUCACUUCACAGUUCACACUUGUCAGUUGUCACUGCUCACAGUAGUCAGUGUCGCAAUAGUGAGUAGUUAGUGGCCUGCGCGCGUCGGUCGCGGUUCGCACGUGAACACUAACGCUGAACGACGGCGGACGACGCCAAGUUUUUUUCCUCUCUUGCCGUGUAUGGGUGGGAGUUGCCGAAUGUGUUUUACGCGUAUUAUUUUAUAAAACUAUUGUUAUUUAAUCAUUACGAAUUACGAUUACCUAGGGAGACUGCCAAUUAAUCACUCACUACGGUAUAUUAUACAUUCGACGCUUUUCGCCGUCUCCGACCACGUUCGAAUCGAUUGCCGACCACCGUUCGCCCCGUCGUUUGAAAUGUCUCCUGUUUGGCGGGCAGCGGAUGCGGCGUCUUGACCAUUAUAAUAAAAUAUUUAUAAUAACUACUGCGUGCAGCUAAAACUCGUGUCUACCGUCGUGAUUGUCGUCAACAACCACACUCGUCGUUUACGUUAUAAUAUAACAAAUCUAAAAGUUUUUGUUAUAAUAACUAUACAAGUAGAAAAUGAACAAUAAAUCAUACUCAUUAUUAACCAAAGAGAUGAUCAACAAUUCUGAACAUGAUGGAACUGUACCAGAAAAUUGUUUUUGCCCUGUUUGCAAUGUACAUAUGAAUAGAAUUAAGAGAUCUCGACCACUUGAUACCCACCAAGAACAUAACGCAUUUUCAUCUGAUGGGAUUAAAGAACGGUGGUGUCAUAUAGAUCGAUUACAAACUCUCCGUACCAACUCACAUCAAACAAUGGAUCACAGUUCAGAAAGACUGCUAAAAUUAAAUCCUUAUCCAAUUUUGGAUACUGAUCCUACAUUGUACAAUUUAAACUAUUCAAAUGCAUUAUCCAGGUUUCCUCAUUCAUUAGGAAACAAAAAGAAAGAUUAUACAACACAAUCUAUGUAUGAAAUAGAACACAAUGAUAGACGCAAUGAUGUUUUUCAAUAUCAUAAUAAUUCAAGACAAUGGGAAGAAAAUGAGAACUGUGUAGAUCAAGAGGAGUACAAAAAUAUUGAUCAAUUUAAUUAUACAUCGAAUAAAAAAUAUGAUGUGCACAUAAGACAACCUCCUGUUCAUCGUCAGCGUAAAAUUUUACCAACGGUUCCUCCUAAGCCUCUUAUUUCUACAAAUUGUAUGCAAAAGAUAGGAUGCUCAUCUUUAACCAUAAAUGGUCAUUUGAAUAAUACAAAUUCAAAGAAUAAAGAUCUCAUGGACAUUCCAAAUCAGAAAACGCUUGUCAACCAUGUACGAAUAGGUACAUUUAUGCCUGUAGAAUCAAAAGAAAUAUUUAAAUCAAUGAAACAUAUAAAAGAUACAUCUAAGGUAAAAGAAUCGUUGAUGAUCACUAAAGAUGGCAAACUGAUUCAUGAACAAAUAAGUCCGAAACCAGAAUCAAUACUUAAUAGCGAUAUCUACGAAAAAGAAAAAUCAACAUUCUCUGAUAAAAAUAGUAAAACAUUAACUCUUAACACUAUAAGGCAAACUGAUAAUAUAAAUAACACAUCCGUGUUUCCUGUUAAUUCAUACAGUUUACACAUGGACUUAACAACUGAAAAUGCUCGAAAAAGCUUAGAAUCUCCAAUAGUGCAAACCCUUAACAAGAGUAUAGAACAAGAUAUGACUAAUGAACCAAAUAAAUUAGCUUUUGACCAUUUGUUUUCAGGUACUACUCAAAUACAAAAAGAUAAUUUUGAAUACCAUUCAGCAUUACGCCCUAGUUUAUUUUCUAAUAUGCCACCUUACAUAAGAUUUUCUUCCCAUGAUGUUAAAGGUGAAUCAUUUCCAUUAUCUUUGCAAAAGUUAUUAAAGUGGAAACUAAGUUCCAUAACUCCAAUUGUUGUACGUCGAACUAUUCAAAAUAGUGGUUUUAAACUCGUUAGAAAAUCUAAUGACUGGGUUGGAACUUGGGGUAAACAUAUGAAAUCAUUGUGUUUCAAAACACUUCGAGAACAGCAAAAACUUAACCAUUUUCCGGGUACUUUUCAAAUUGGUCGCAAAGAUAGGUUGUGGAAAAACUUGCAUAGAUUAAUGUUAAAAUAUGGUAAAGAAAAUUUUGGCUUUAUACCCACAUCAUAUAUACUACCUCAAGAAGCUAGAAUUUUACGACAAGUUUGGGAAAAAAAUGAUGAAGAUAAAUGGAUUGUUAAACCGCCAGCAUCUGCUAGAGGAACUGGAAUUCGUGUUAUAUCUAAAUGGGGUCAAAUACCAAAGAAAGUACCUUUGGUUGUACAAAGAUACAUAGAUAAUCCAUAUCUAAUCAAUGACACCAAAUUUGAUUUAAGACUAUAUAUACUCAUCACUUCAAUUAAUCCACUUCGCCUGUAUCUUUAUGAUAAUGGCCUUGUGCGAUUUGCUUCUGUUAAGUAUUCAUCUGAUCUUACCACUCUAUGUGAUCGAUAUAUGCAUUUGACAAACUACAGUAUUAACAGACUUAGUAGUCAGUAUACUCAAAAUGAAGAUGCUGAUGCAUGUCAAGGUCAUAAAUGGACAUUAAAAUCAUUAUGGACAUAUAUGGAAAAAGAACGUAAUGUUGACGUUAAAAAAUUGUGGGAGAGUUUGGAAGAUCUGGUUGUUAAAACUGUCAUUAGUGGUGAAUCGCCUAUGAGUCAAAUGUGUCGUUCAAAUUUGAGCAAUAGAUAUAACGCAUAUGAAUUAUUUGGUAUUGAUGUUUUGUUCGAUGAACAUCUUAAACCUUGGAUAUUAGAGGUAAAUAUAUCUCCUUCAUUGCAUUCAUCUUCUCCGCUCGACUUGGCUGUUAAGGGACCAUUAGUCAAAGAUCUUAUGAAUAUGGUUGGUUAUCAUAUCCCAAACAAAAUGUCUCAAAGUACACAUAAUACUUUGCUCAAGAUGUUAGGAGUUAAAUCAUCACUAUGCUAUGAUAAGAGACUAUAUACAUUCAAUUUAUCUGCUAAGGAAAAAGAAAAACAAGAAUAUUAUUCAAAUGCUGAAUCCAGAGUAGAAUAUAUCGAUAGCAUAUUAGAUGAUCUAUUACCAGAUGAUAUUAGGCAUCUUAUCAUUUAUGAAGAUGAACUUACACAAAUUGGCUCAUUUCAAAAAGUAUUUCCAACCACUUCAUCUUUUAAAUAUCAUCAAUACUUUGAAGGUUCUAGAUAUUAUAAUAUGCUUUUUGAUGCAUGGGAAUGUAAAUACAGUAACAACAGAGAUGAAGGUAUUGCUGUGCUUGAAAAGUUAUGUCAGCUGAAAAUUCACCUGGAAGUACCUGACAUUGAUGAAGAACAAUCAAAAACUUGCGACAUCCACCAAAAUACACUAAUGGAAGUUGAAAAAAUGUUGGAAAAUUCAGGCAGUGAUAAAUUAAGUGACCAUCAUCAAGCGGUCAUCAGUCAUUUUUCAAUGUCUGCUGCUGAACGUCGUCAUAUGGUGUAUACAUCUAUAACAAUGUCUGACGAAGGUGAUUGGAUUAGUGAUGAUUUUCCGUUUGAUGAUGAUUCUACAUCAGCAACCAGUCAUCCAAUGGUUUCCUGAUAUAUAACCAUGUUAAUGAACACUAAGCAUGCAAUAACAUCAAACCGAUUGCGAUUGUAUGGUUUUGUUCAUGGCUUUUGGACUUGGCUAAAAACACAUAUUAAUUAGUUUUUUAGUUAAAUUAAACAAAAAUAAUAAAUUGUGAUACUUUGGAUAUAUUCCUUAAUAUAGGUGCAAAGUUUUAGUUGCAUUUUAGACUUGAAUAUUGAAGUAAUGUAAAUAAUAUUUUUUACAUUCCUACUAGUUGAGGGGUUGUUAAAAAUAAGUGUGUAUAAUUUUUAUUCUGUGAUAAGGCUAAACUAUUUUCUUUAUUUAUUUUUGAGGACUCCAAACUUACUUAAAAUGUUUGUUAAAAGCUGUUUCACGCGGAUAAGAACCACACUAGCAAUAUUCCUAGUCCCACCAAAUUUUUACUAUUAUCUUUUUGUGGUGAAAAUUUGGUUUAUAUUUAUACUAUAACUGUGGCAUUAUGGUUUUUUUUCCCACGUGAAACCGUUUGUCCAUAUAAUUUUGUAAUCAAGCAACUUACUAUGUGGUUCAGAUGUGAAACCAUUUGUUUGUUACAUUGAAUAAGUUCUUAAAGUUUCAUAAAUCAAACAAUUUAAAAUGCGGAUGUCUUCUUAAAAAUAGAUAGUAAUUUUAGUUACAUUUCGUAUAGUGUAAAGAAAAAAAUUUUAAAGUAUUGUUAAUGGUAGAUUUUUACAAUGACGUGCAAUUUUGGUUUUUAUGACCAAUUAUUUUGAAACCAUGUUCAGUUUUAAAUCAAACAAGAUAGCAUUCAAAUUCCGUUUAAUCAAUUGAAAUUAAUAGUAAGAUUUUAAAUUCAUUUACAUGUUCUAUCAACAAAUACAUUUUUUUUUUUUGUAUUUAAGAUUACUACAGUAAAUUCACAUAAUAAAAAAAACAAAUAUUAUCAUCAUAUUAUAUUAUGCUUGCAUAGGAUUUGUAAUGUCUAACUCGCAUAAUAUGUCAUUACUAUUAUAUUAUGUGAAUAAAUCACACUGCCAUGCCUUUAGUUAAUAAAUAUUUCAAUUUUCAUUUUGUAUUAAAACAAUUACAUUUUUACUAUUUUUAACCGUACAAUUAAUUUAAUCUUAAAAUUAAAUAUUUUAUCAUAUUAUCUUAUUACGAAGGCAAACAAAAAAUAUCAAGAUUUAGGGAUAACUAAACACUAUUUCCAUAUUAGUAUACAGAAUCAUUAUUACAUUGAAUUUCUCAUUAAAAUUUUUAACUUUACUUAUGAGUGAGUAAGGUUAUUGUUUUUAAAUUAAAUUUGGGCCACACAGUUGUAAUGUUGCUAAUUGUCAAGAAACAAAUUGAUGUAAAGUAGUCUUUAAAUAUGUUAUUUUAAAAUUGCUCUAACUUUUUAAUUUGUAAAAUAAAUUGGUAUACUUAAGUAGAUAAUUAUUAAUUUAUUGUUAUACUUGAUUGAAUUUAAAUAUGUGUUCAUAUAUAUAUAAUAUUUUAUAAACAUUAAAGGUUAUACAAAUUGUAACUAAAUUUGAAGACAAUAUUACAUUUAUUUAGUUUUAUUAAUAUUAGAUUCAACAAAAUUUUAUUUGUUUGUAGAUUUUGUGAAUUGUGACUAUUUUAUGUUGUACAUUUUUAUCUUUUUAAUAAACUAUUUAAUGAUUAUGUGAAAAGUGUACAAG